CCCCUCCUAAGCCGAGAGACUAAGAGCACGCCGCCGAAGGAAACGGCCCGAAAUGCAAUUCGAGUCAGUGUGAUCACGCCGGUGUUACGAACAGCAGGGCCCACGAAGUUUUUGGUGCAAAAACCUGAAAAAUAAUCACACGCCGCUCGAUGGUACUACGAACCGAACCAUGAAUGGGACCAGUCGAUACCGGAAGUAAAUAAAAACAAGCCCGUCCUGUCGCAAACGGACAGUUCCUGCCUCCGGACUCGCGGUAGUGUGGUGGAAAGUGCAGUGGAGAAUUCAGACUUUUUUUGUUGAUAGGGAUUAUAGUUAAAUAACAAAAUGUACGGGAGACCUUUGCUGUUCCUUCUGACCUUAACUACGCUGGGAGUAACGGCAGAACAAAGGAAACUUCACAGACUAGUCGGCGGUCACCUCAGAAUCAUAAAUCCUGAUCCAGAAGAUUCGGAACUAAUGAGACUAGAAGCGAGUGGGUCGCGUGAAAAAAAGCAGAAAUCCGACCAAGACGAGAAAAAGACAUUAGCGCAACAAGUAGCCGACGGCAAGUACGGACUAAUACAAAAGGAACUGUUCGGUAAGCCUCAGAAAAGACCUGGAGUUUUGAGUUACGACGACAAUUCCGAAGUACCGAAUGACAACAAAGAGAACCUUGGAGGACUGCACAAAAACGAAAUCUGGUUGGCGGAAAAUCACCUCCUCGUUAUAAAAGGCGGCAUAUACCCGCCACACGAGGAAAAACCAACCAACGCCGUUACUCACUGGCCUCCGAUUGAUGACUUUAAGGCGCCGCUGCAUCAGGUGAAGAUUCCGAAGCAUCCCAAAGUCCCGCCGCCCUUUCCGGUCCAAUUCACGGACGACGGUCCCCUCCAGAUCCUUGGCACAAACUCUUCGAGAACGAUUAAUGAAUCAAUCGCAUCGACGGGCUACGCCUUACCGCCCCCCGACGGUUACCAAGACUCAAAUGCGUCGCACUCCCUUGACCAUUCCAAUCCGGCCAACGCUACUCCCUGGCAAGCUCCGGUGCCAAUACCUAUCUACCCUUCGGGGGAAUACCCGCAGGGGGCGCCGUUCCCCCCUUUUCCUUUGAACGGUACUUUGCCCCCAUAUUUCGCCUCUUUACCCCCAGGCGCCGCGAUCCUCCCCCCGCCAGGCAACCAAAGCGACCUGUACGACGAGGACGACCCUUCAAUCUACUAUCCUCCGCCCUACAGCUUCUACUACCCAAAAGAUAACUCUUCCGCGGUGCAACCGGGUCCUCUGGUGCCCGGUAUAAUUUUACCACCUCCUCCCAACUUUUUUGGACCGCUAGAGGAAAUUACCACCACUACCGCAUCGAAAACACCUCAACGACAAAGAAAGCCAACUACAGAAGAGAAUCCCCAGAUACAUCCGACCACUACACCUUUGCCAUCUACGGAAAAGACUAUAACCAAGAAGCCUUUCAAAGUGUAUCCAGUUCACAAUGUCUAUCAAUCUAAUGAAGUUAGUUCUACGUACACAACUACUAAAGAACCCACUGUAGUGUCAGUUUUACCAGUGCGUCAACCAAACAGGACUUAUCCAAGAACAGGAAAACCGCAAACUCAAAGAAAGAGGCCACAAGUCACCAUUUUACAGCCUGUAAGAGGAAAUACUUCGCCUCCAACUUACCAUGAAAAUGAAAUUUCAGAUAAACCUUUUGUGAGCUAUGGUCCACCAAGGGCAACAAAGAAAUCCUCAGUCACCACAACUCAAGUGCCUCUCAAGUAUUUUACGACUGUAAAUGAAAUAGAAACAAAUUCCGUUACCCAACCCGCCAUAAAAUUACACAUUGAAUCAGAAAAAAGUACUGAAAAACCCAUCCAAUUCUACUUCUAUGAAGAGGAAUUUGACCCAAACAGCCAAACAACACAACAAACACCAGUAAAGCAGAGUACGUACGUCCCCAACGAUUAUUAUGUUCCUGUAAAACCAACAACCACAGUUCGGCAGAGGAAACCUCAGUUCAUAUAUGUAAAUGCACAACCGUACAACACUCAAAAACCAAAAUUCCGCUACAUUCCACAACCAGUCAAAACAGAUACCUUUAGCAUUCAUAUCGCUAAAUUACAGAACCAAAUUAAUCAAUACUACACAACAUCAAGACCGACGUACAAACCCGUUCAUUCUCCAAAACCAGUAUACCAAUUCAGUUUUCAAGCAGCAAAUUAUCAACAACAGAAUCGCUUUAAACCAUCCCCACCAGAUCUGAAUCAAGAGGAUCAGUUCAGACCUAUUCCAAAAUACAGUGUUCAAAUUCAACAAGCUAUAGAAAUUAUUCCUACUGAACCACCGAGGUACCAACAAACCCCACCUCCGGUUUAUUAUCAACACACAUACCAACAGACUUCAGAAAGGCCAGGGCGCUAUUAUACCACCAAUAGACCAAAUUAUGCAUAUGAAACCAUUACACAAAAUACAAGAUAUCAAAACGUUGCCACUCCAAAACCUAUAUCUCAAUAUUCUUUUGAGGUAACUCCUAAUCCUAUUUACCAAGGCUUUUACACUAAACCAGACGAAGGUUUCUUUGAUGAUAACACAAAAAAAUACUUCACAAUGUUUGGAAGGAAACUACCAAGUAGUACAAGCCCAUUGCCUAGUGUUGAACAAACAACAGUUAAACCUAACUAUAUUUAUUCAAAUCAACAGCAGCAACAACAAGCUUCACCGCAGUACCAUGAGAAACCGAUAUCUUUGGAAAGUGACACACUGGUAAACUACGUACAUCCCCGACCAACGACAAAUCCUGACGCAGAGCUGAUUCCAGUAAAUCACCCCCAAACCUACCCAAAUGUAGUUAAAUACCCUGUCAAUCCUGCACAGUAUGUCCAACCUCAAAAGCUGCCACACAGAGAAGAAAACCCAGAGAUUAUAAAAGCAAUUCCAAUAGAGGUACCCUCGGAUGACGGUCGAGAAGGCUCUUUCAUAUCCUAUCAACUCCCUGGCGAUAGGGGAGCCCAUUUUUAUUUCCUCACCCCUCAAUUGACGCAGAGGAGGGAUCAAGGCUCAAGUUAUUAUUACUCUCAGCCAAAUGCUAGUCGGAUAAGGAGAAAUGAAGCUCGAAAUGAAGAGAAAGACAAAGAAAGAUGAAAACUGCUGUGAUAUAUUUUGGGACAUUAAUUUUGGAGUGUGACUUUAUUAGUGCCUAUUUUUAAUUGGUCUGUGAUCACGUGUUUACUGACUUAAAAAUCUUGUGCAACACUGAUAGCCCAACGUCAAUAAGAUACAGAAUAAAUGUAUUUAAGACUGUGUCAAUUUCUGCGAAGAACGGCAUUACAACAGACACUUUAACUUCACAGGAUGUAUGUUUUCUUAAGAAAAUUGAAUUAAAAGAAAUAGUAGGAAUACAAACAUAUGUGAACAUAAUGAACAAUGUCUAACAAUUAAUAUUUUUGUAUUAAUUGUAUUUAGAAUUGAUUAUCAGUGAGAAAGUGACAAAGUGUAAUUGCCAAAUUAUAAAACUAUUGUAAUUCAAUAAAUAUAUGCAAUAGACACAAAUCUAAAAAAAGUCAAAAAACACAAAAUAUACCCAUAUUUGUGUUUUGAACAUAAACCAAAUAAUUAAAAGUAGCUACAUAUUAAAAUAAUAUGUCACUACUUUUUCUAAUUCACAUGUACAUUUUUAGCUUUUAAAUUGUGAGCAACUAUUUAUGAACUAUCACUUUCUAACUGAAAAUGAAAAUGUGCAAUUCAAGACAAUUAAUUAUACUAUUUAUAAAAAAAUUUAGUUUUAAGUUGUGCUGAUAUUAUUUAAUUAGAUAGCUCUGCGAAUAUCUAAUUGUUAUUGCAGCCUUAGGAAAAAUUAUAUUUUCAUAAUUUUUAAUAAGACUGUUGAAUAAAUAGAAUAAAAAUUUUUUUAUAA